GUGGAGCGGGUCCGAGGUGGGAGGCGCACAGACGGGCUCCGGGAGCCCCUCCCGAGGCCCCGCACCCUGCGCCCCGCGCCCUGCGGGAGGGCUGAGCCGGGACUCCAGGCGGGCAGGUGCGGAGCGAGCACAGGGGAUCUCGGCCAAGGGUAGGAGCCAGUCCUGCGGGGAGAGAGGCGUUGCUGCUCCAGCUGCUGCCUCCGCCGCCGUCACCACCUAGCCGGCGACCAGAGUCGGGCUGGCAGGCCGGGCGCGAAGCGGCGAGGGGAGCGAGGGGCGCGCUCAUGGAGCACACGCACGCCCACCUCGCAGCCAACAGCUCGCUGUCCUGGUGGUCCCCCAGCUCGGCCUGCGGCUUGGGCUUCGUGCCCGUGGUCUACUACAGCCUCUUGCUCUGCCUCGGUUUACCAGCAAAUAUCUUGACCGUGAUCAUCCUCUCCCAGUUGGUGGCAAGAAGGCAGAAGUCCUCCUACAACUAUCUCUUGGCACUGGCUGCUGCAGACAUCUUGGUCCUCUUCUUCAUAGUGUUUGUGGAUUUCCUGUUGGAAGACUUCAUCCUGAACAUGCAGAUGCCUCAGAUCCCCGACAAGAUCAUAGAAGUGCUGGAAUUCUCAUCCAUCCACACCUCCAUAUGGAUUACUGUUCCAUUAACCAUUGACAGGUAUAUCGCCGUCUGCCACCCACUCAAGUACCACACAGUCUCAUACCCAGCCCGCACCCGGAAAGUCAUUGUAAGUGUUUAUAUCACCUGCUUCCUGACCAGCAUCCCCUACUACUGGUGGCCCAACAUCUGGACUGAAGACUACAUCAGCACCUCUGUGCAUCACGUCCUCAUCUGGAUCCACUGCUUCACUGUCUACCUGGUGCCCUGCUCCAUCUUCUUCAUCUUGAACUCAAUCAUUGUGUACAAGCUCAGGAGGAAGAGCAAUUUUCGUCUCCGUGGCUACUCCACAGGGAAGACCACUGCCAUCUUGUUCACCAUUACCUCCAUCUUUGCCACACUUUGGGCCCCCCGCAUCAUCAUGAUUCUUUACCACCUCUAUGGGGCGCCCAUCCAGAACCGCUGGCUGGUUCACAUCAUGUCCGACAUUGCCAACAUGCUAGCCCUUCUGAACACAGCCAUCAACUUCUUCCUCUACUGCUUCAUCAGCAAGCGGUUCCGCACCAUGGCGGCCGCCACGCUCAAGGCCUUCUUCAAGUGCCAGAAACAACCUGUACAGUUCUACACCAAUCAUAACUUUUCCAUAACAAGUAGCCCCUGGAUCUCGCCGGCAAACUCACACUGUAUCAAGAUGCUGGUGUACCAGUAUGACAAAAAUGGAAAACCUAUAAAAGUAUCCCCGUGAUCCAUUGGUGUGGCACCUACUGCCUCUGUCUAAUCUAUUUCCAGAUGGGAGGGUGUCCCAUCCUACGGCUGAGUAGCUCUCCUUAAGAGUGCUAAUCUGAUUUUCUGUCUCCUGCAGACUGAGCAAUUCUCAGACUGGCAGAUGAGAAGAGAUGGAAGAGAAGAAAGGAGAGCAUGAAGCUUGUUUUUACUUCUGCAUUUAUUUCCACAAAGUCACAUUGAAAGCAAAAGCUCCUACCAAUUUGAAGAUGCCAUUGGAGGUUGUGUCAUCAUCCUGUGGCCAGUUAGGACACAGAGUAGAGAAAUAGUCUGUGAUUUUGCUCCAGUACCAUCCACAGUCAUUGGGAGCCAUUCAUUUAUGUGACUUACAAAGCUCCAGUAGCACGUAGCUGAGCCUGCACUCUUCUUCCGGGAGCUGAGGUCAUUCAUCACUUCCCUGUGCUGUUCCCAGGAGCUAACAAUACUAACUGUUUCAGGAUUUUUUUCAAGGUGCCCUUUGUCCUAGAGAGGGUUGUGGUCUUGAAGUGGCCCUGGCACUCCUAACUUCAGAAUGACACUGUGGGAAUAGAAGAGUAUUGGAUCCCAUCCAAACUCUGGCCAGAGCUUCUUCAGAAAAUCUCCAAACCCACAUAGCUAUGACCUCAAACCUGGGGGUCUAAGAGGCAGUUUUCUAUUUAUCAUUAUGUAUAGAUUUUCUCUAUCUCCUCCAAAACAAAGACCCUGCCUGGUGCGCAGGGGGAAAGGAGGAAUUCUUGAGCCCAGAAAAACAAAAAAAAAAAAGCCCACACUUGCCAUUGUUUCAACCCGUCCCUGUGUCAGCUGCAUAUGAUCUCGUUACUCAGAAUUGCUUCUUGUUAUGGUAUCACUCAAGCUUCCUAGAGAAGCCUUUUUACGUGUCGAGUUGCCAACCCUGCCUCCUUGCUUGCUGAGGCCCUCACCAAAUUGUUUUAUUUGAAGUGACUUCCGAACUGAAUUUAAUAUUCAAGGGUCAGGAACUGCAGCUCUGCGGGUAUGAGAGGAGGUGUUCUCAGCUCUGCCUCAGAGCCCAGCUGGCGUUGCCAUUUCGCCACAAACGCAGACACAAAAAGUGCCCAUGCUGACGCUUCGUCUGCCCUUUGACGCACAUGGCUCAAAAGGGUAGUGCCAGUUCUUGGUAAAGCUAUUUAACCCAGAUCCUUUGCAAAAUGAUAAAAUAUAACUGUUUAUUUAUUCUACCCUUGCCUGUCCAAGGCAAAAAGAUUUCUAGGGGGGCUUCCCUGGAAAUUGCUACUUAUGUGUGCACCAUACACACACACACACACAUGAUUAUCUUCUAUGUUCCUGUUAUUUCGCUUUUUUUUACUUCUGUCUCAGAUUCCCAGUAUUAGAAUUCAUCCCUGUUUUGGAAGAAAUCUGCCAAAAUGAUUUGAAAUUGCGUGAUAUUUUUGGUGGCCAAACAAAAAGCAGAAUGGUCCACCUGGAAUACUUAGUUCCUCAGGCUGGAUUUUUACUGUAUUUUGUCCCUAGAUUGGAAGACAUGUCUAUCUUUUUUAAGGGAAUUUGCAAUAAAUGAAUGGGGUAAGAAAAGGCCCCAGGGCAACACAAACCCUAAACUUCGGCCAGUGUUCUCAAUACUAAUUCAAUAUAAUCGUAGGUCCUAUUAUCCCAAUUCUUACCCCUUUUAAAGUAUUGCAAUAGAAUCUCAUCAGAGCCAAGGAUUAGAUUCUAAAGUCAAUGCAAAAGAUAAAAUAUUAAAGAGCCAAAAUUACCUUUGCAAAAGAUCCUCCAAAAAGAGACAUGUUGGAGAUUAUAUUCCAUUGCUUUCAAAACCUAACACAGCUAAGUUUUUCUCUAGCAUUGGAACAGGUUGUUGUUUCUCUGUUUGAUGACAAGGCAGAAUUGGCUCUCAUUUAGGGACCAUAUUGUGUGAUUCUAAUGUAUCUGAGAACAUUAGGACCACCCUGGUGCAUCAAGAUGCUUCCACUGAAAGGAGUUCAUGGAAGUUAUCUCACUGAGGGACAGAUCUCCAUCUCCCAUGCUCCCCAGGGCGUAUGCUUAUUGAGUGGAAUGGUAAGCAGAUUCCCUCACAUCCCUAAAAUUGCAUUUCUCUCUGUCUCUUUUUUCCCAAGCAUGUAUAAUUGAACAUGUGUUCAUUAAAUCUGUGUAUGAUGCAAUUCCACCACACCUCCUUAUGAAUGGACAUUGACCAAAGGCUACCUAUACUGAAUAUAUAUAUAUUUAUUUAUUUAUUUGUUUGUUUGUUUGUUUGUUUUUUAAACACGUAGCUCUGAAAAAUGCUAGUUUGAGCUAUACAUGAAUGGGUCAAAGUGCAAUAUCUACAAAGGUUAAGCAAUUCCUUUUUGAGAAUGUAUAUAAGAUGGAAAAGAUGUAUGUGACUCUCCAUGCUCUCUGCUCCAUGUUUUUAAUUGUAUGUAAAAAUUGUCGUUGUUUAAAAACUGCGUGUGCAUUGGGAACAUUUUCCUCAGACACUUUCAUUUAUGACUUCUCUUGAUGAUAGAGGCUCUACCAUGUAAUAUUGUGAUCUCUUUUCCUCUGAAUAUAUUUUAUAUUUUGCUAAAUGAUAUUUAAAAGAGGUCCACUUCUCGAAAGCACCCUAGUGAAUUGCUGUCUUCUGAUUAAAAUGCAAAUGAAUGCCCAUUGGGUUAGGUUGAUACAUAUCUCUUAAAAUUUAUUUCAGAUUAUCUAAGGACUUUUAAUUUAUUAUUAUUUAUAGUAAUAAUUAUGGACAUCAUAAAAAGGGUUUUUUUGAACUCUAAAACUUUAAAAACUUGUAAGCCUUUUCUUUCAGGCCAGUUUUGAAAGUAAAGCCUUGAAUUUUGAAGCCUGUCAUGUAAUCAGCUGCUGCUGGUGGCACUGAAGCAAUUGCCUUAUUUUGGGUUUUUGUGGUGUCUCUUUCAAAGACGGUUAACUAGCUUCUCUCUUGCUGUAUGAUUUGUGUCGUUGGUUGGACAUUGCAAUGAUGAUACACACCAUCAUGCUGUGUCAUUUUAUUGAACAACUUGAAGGCUGAAAUGUCUUAUGGGGAAGGAAAUGAGGGGAAUGACAGACAAACCAUAAAAGACAGACCAGAGGGGGCAUGAACUUGUGUGUUGCAAACACCCUGCUAUUGGAAAAGAUCACUUUGCACAGUUGGUACCUCCUGAUUCAACAUGGGGAGCCUACCCGAAGUGAAUAAAAGACUCUAAUGUUGGCUAUUCCAGUUCAAAGAAUGGAAUAGAAGAUUACCAUAGAAAAAAAGCAAAUGUUCAUAUUUUCUUAAUUAGAUUAUAUAUUGUGUUUGGACUUGUUUGUAUCAUAAUAGAUUCUAAUAUGGUGCACACUUGGUGUUUGGUGUUUGCAUCUAUGUUCAAGCAAUUGCAGUAUGCUGUUUUUAUUACUAUUAUUUUUAAUUGAUAAAUCAUAAUUGUAUACAUUUAUGGGAUACAAUGUGAUGUUUUGAUAUACUGUAUGUAUACAAUGUGGAAUAAUUAAAUCAAGCUAAGUUAACACA